AUGAAGAGCCAGAGAAACGCACUGUUGAUCGCCGCCGCGCUGAUCUUCUAUUGGCUGCUUUACUCCAUUACCGACCUCGUCGUCAAGAUCGAGCAGCUGAAUCAGCGCGUUGAGAGGCUCAAGAGCAAGGAGUGA